UCCGUACGCGAUGAAGAGGAGGAACCGGAACAGCGAUAUAACUUGAGACCGAGGAAACAAAUAAACUAUGGUAAUAACCCAAUUCAACUAGUACGCCAAGUUCCUCUAGUCUCUCUUAUCCUGGCAAUUCUCGGCUUUGUGGGGAUUACAAGUUCCACAAGUACAGAACAGCCUCACUCUAUACGCUGUAUACCAGGGUGCUAUGUUUUCCUUUAUGUUCCACUUGUAGUCGGAAGUCCGGUACGCAUAUUGGCAGGUGUUGCACUUCGUGGUAUCUGUCAUAUCGUUGGUGUUGUCUUUCGACGACUCGGCAACAUUGGACAACGAAGACGUCGAAGAAAACCGGCUGAUCUAGUAGAACUCUUAGCCGUGGCGUCACUGAUAGUUUGCCAAUACAAAUGCGGAGAAAGUUGUCAACAAGUCGACUUAUUUUCGCACACCUCCACAUGGAAUUCGUUCACGCUAACUUUGUCCUUAGUGAAAUCUGCUCCAACUCCUUUGCUGAACACUCCGUUUAUUACCGACGGCAAUUCCACCGCUAUAUGGAAUCCGCAAUUAACACCACUGUUGGAAUGCCAAAAUAGGUCUCAAGCCCAAACGUUUGACUGCAACAUAGCAAACAAGUGCGUGUGCUACCCAGCCGAAACGCAAGCAAACUGCAAUUGUGAAAAUCUUAACAUUUCGGCGUGGAUUCAUGACUUACGGCAUCGACUUCCUUUGGUGUUCCCCUCGGUGAUCUUCAAAAGGGACAGAGAAGGACAAGUUCAUGCAACAAUUCCUAGUAUGACGACAGCAGAAAUAAUAAUGACGAUGCAAGGCAAUCUGGAAACCGACAUUUUGGUUGAUGAAGCCACA